AAGAAAUGGCUGUAAAGUAUAUUUCUGAAGUAGCACUGGCUCUUGACUACCUUCACAGGCAUGGGAUAAUCCACAGGGAUUUAAAGCCAGACAAUAUGCUCAUUUCUAAUCAAGGCCACAUAAAGUUGACGGAUUUUGGGCUUUCCAGAGUUACUCUGAACAGAGAGAUAAAUAUGAUAGAUAUCCUCACUACCCCAUCAAUGGCAAAGCCAAAACAAGACUACUCACGUACUCCUGGGCAACUGUUGUCUCUCAUCAGCUCUCUGGGUUUUUAUACUCCUGUUGGAAUGAAAAUGCCAGGGCCCAGUUCACAUGGAGCUUCUGAUGGUCUGCAUGGAGUGGUUUCUCCUGCAUCUAUCGUCCAAAAGGAAAAUACCCCUCUUUCAACAAAAUUAUUCAAAGCAUGUCUUGAUAAUUCUGCGUUCACCCCAGCGAUGCCAGUGAGGAGUUUAACUCCAACUCUACUUCAGUCAAGAAAAAGGUUUGGUACCUCCAGUGCCAGUAGUCAGUCACACACACGUGUGUCCAGUUUGGAAUCAGAAUGUUGCAGCAGCCCCAGGUGGGAGAAAGAUGUAGAGCAAACUGAAGAUGAACUAUGUUCUACAACAGGCAAAACAAAUAACAGCGAGUCAGCUCUCCUUUCUAAUGUACAAUUACUGAAUGGCAAAGAUAUUAAAGAAUUAAAGAAAAAAGAACUCGAGUCGGCCAUUUCUCCCAUCAGUAGCAAUGAUUCUGGCAGCAGGCAGAAGUUAGAAAUUGAAUGUUCUGAUGUGAUGGGUACUCCUGUAACUGCACUGGAUGUGAAAGGCAUAGUCAGAAAAUGUCUCUCUGAAAGUAAGACUUGGGAAGAAAAACUUACUGCAAAUAAAAGGGAUGAGACUAAUGAGACAGCAGAAACUUCCAGUCACCAGCAGUCACCUUCAUGGUUGAAUGAUCCUAUCAAGCCUACCAAAGAGGAAGAAAUUCUUGAAAAAACAGGUGUGAAAAGAAGCUUUGAACUAGUUGAUACUAGUCCUUGUCAGCAACUUAACUAUGUUAAAAAAAGCAAUGCAGAAUAUAAACGUGGCUGUCAAAUCUUAGAAUUUCAAGUAAACCAAAGGACAGGUUUGACAACAGAAAUUCAAUCCUUAAUGCUUUGUAGUGAUAAGUGCCUACAUGACACCUGCAAAAGCAAGGAACAAGUUAAGGGUUAUAUUAGCAAGCAGGAAACAGUAGAUAAAUCAGUUACUCCAGUAAUAGCUAAAAAUCUUAUGUGUGACCUGGAUGCAGACUAUGACAAGGAUGAUAAAAAGGAGUAUAUGAACUCAAGUUUCUUAGGCACUGAUGAUGACAAGCCUCUUGGAGUCCUUAGUGCGGACUCUGACUUAUCCUUUCCUGAAAUCUCUGUUACAGACAGUCAUUUAGAAAAGCAGCUCUUAGAUUUGGAUAAAAGUGUUAAAGACCUCUCCUUUGAAGAACUAAAACCUGAAGACAUGCUGAUAACAUCACCAAACUCCCGAGAUCCUUCUCAAAAUGGAGAAGAGCAUGUUGUCCAGGACUGCAAGUUGUUACAUCAUGCACAGGAUAACAACCAAAAACAUGCGGUAGAAACUUACCUUGACACAGUAUCUUCCCCUUCAGAAAAGAUAAUGCAAACAAUGAACCUCUUCAAAAAAAAUGCUGUUGUCUUUCGAAGUUACAACAGUCAGAUUAAUGUAUCCAAUGCAUCUGAGCCAUGUAGUAUGGCUUCCGUGGAUAUAAUGGAUCUUUCACCUGCUUGUAGUGAAUCUUACCCAACAGCUAUUACUCCAUCACAGAAAGGAAGACCACAUAGGGUAUAUCAGACACCUCAUCAGGGAGAUGCUGGCACACCGUACAGGACUCCAAAGAGUGUAAGAAGAGGAGCUGCCCCAGUAGAAGGUGAACGCAUCCUAGGGACUCCAGACUAUCUGGCACCUGAGCUGCUUUUGACAAAGCCUCAUGGUUCUGCUGUAGACUGGUGGGCUCUUGGAGUUUGUCUGUUUGAAUUUCUGACUGGAAUUCCACCUUUUAAUGAUGAAACCCCAACACAGGUCUUCCAGAAUAUUUUGAAAAGAGAUAUUCCCUGGCCUGAAGGUGAAGAAAAAUUGUCUGAUAAUGCCCAAAAUGCAAUAGAUAUUCUUUUAACGAUUGACAGUAGUAAAAGAGCUGGACUGAAGGAACUGAAACAUCAUCCCCUCUUUUGUGGUGUAGACUGGGAUAAUCUACAGCAUCAAACUAUGCCUUUUAUACCACAGCCAGAUGAUGAAACUGAUACUUCUUACUUUGAAGCUAGGAAUAACGCUCAGCACCUGACUGUGUCUGGAUUUAGCUUAUAGCAUCAAGAUAAGUGAAA